CCUAGCAAGCAUCAAAGUCUGAAACGCAGCACAUCCAAAUCAGAGGUCGAUGGGCGAUUCGAUAUCAUUGUCGACAAGAUUCAAGCAAAACCCUGGCACAAAUCCAUCCUUCAGAAGACGCAGAAGCAAGCUUCGGACAGUGAGAAAGAUCACGCGCGAAAGCCCCCAAAAUGCUCAAACAUCCAUCUACGCACACACAAGGAUGACUUCAAACCUCUGGUGGACUCCUUCAGCGGUACGCCACGAAUGAACGUGGCGAUUCUGAUCGUAGGAUCCAGGGGAGAUGUACAACCAUACGUAGCUCUCGGCAAGGUUCUCCAAGCCUCUCCAUACAAUCAUCGUGUCAGAAUCUGUACACAUCCGAAUUUCAAGGAUUUUGUUCAGAGCAACGGACUGGAGUUCUUCUCGAUCGGUGGAGAUCCAGAAAAAUUGAUGGCAUACAUGGUCAAGAAUCCAAGCGUGUUACCGAGCCUUGAAUCCAUGAAGGCAGGUGACAUUGGAGCUCGACGCGCUGAGAUUGCUGAAAUGCUUACCGGGUGCUGGCAUGCAUGCACCGAGGCAGGCAACGGGAUUGAUCCAAUUGUCCUACCAAAGCUCAGCGCCAUCGAUGCCCACACGGCUAUAGAUGUGCCUCAACCCUUCAUUGCAGACGCGAUAAUCAGCAACCCCCCUGCUUACGCAAACAUCCAUAUCGCCGAAAAGCUCCAUUGCCCGCUACAUAUGACCUUUACCAUGCCUUGGAGUCCAACUACCGCUUUUUCUCACCCUCUAGCGACACUAAAGGGUUCCAAAGAGGAUCAAAGACUGGCGAAUUUUCUUUCUUUUUAUAGUAUGGAGUUGUUAACAACGGAAGGACUCAUCGACCUGAUCAACGACUUCCGCGAGAACACACUUGCGCUAGAUCCCAUCCAUGCCGCUUGGGGCUACAAACUGAUGCCACAGCUCAAAGUGCCUUUUCUUUACACUUGGUCUCCGGCACUAAUACCAAAGCCCAAAGACUGGGGAUCUCACAUCGACAUCAGCGGUUUCCUAUUCCUCGAGUCACAGUCAUCGUUCAAGCCGGAUGCAGACCUCCAGAGAUUUCUCGAGAGCGGACCACCUCCAAUCUAUAUUGGCUUCGGUUCCAUUGUUGGAGACGAUCCCGCGAAGAUGACACGAAUGAUCUUGGACGCAGUGGAACAGGUUGGAGCUCUUGUUUCAAGAGGUUGGGGGAACAUCGGUGGUAACGACGUGCCUGAUAAUGUUUUCUUGGUCGGAAACGUACCUCAUGACUGGUUGUUCCCACAUUGCUCCGCUGUCGUGCAUCACGGUGGAGCAGGAACAACAGCGAUAGGCAUCGCUCUUGGUUUGCCUACUGUAGUCGAUCAGCCGUUCUGGGGCGACAUGAUCAAUCGAGCCGGCGCAGGGCCGCAACCAAUUCCAUAUAAGAAUCUCAACGCAGAAAAGCUAGCAGACCAGAUCCGCUAUGCACUUCAACCGGACAUCAAAGCCCGAGCCAAAGAGCUCAGCAAUCUCAUCAAUAACGAGACAGGCACUCAAACAGCAGCAAAGAUCUUCAAUGGAACGGAACAAAUGCAAGACCUGAAUUGCUUCCUUUGUCCCGACUUGGUUGGUGUGUGGCGUGUUCGCCGGACGAAUAUACGCUUAUCCGCACUUGCCGUUGCCGUGUUGCUAGAUCGUGGCAUCAUCAGUUACCGCAAGCUCAAGCUGUUCCAGAAGAAGCGGUGGUAUGUCGAGAAGGGUGCUCAGAAUCCCUUGAUAGGAGUCGCAGGCGCAUUGGGCACGUCAGCAAUCGCCUACAAGAACUGCUUCCACCAGCUCGGAAAGGAUCUUUCUUCGCCAGAUAGUAGCAAAACCAAGGUUCGCUUUGACGAAGAAGGCGAGAGCGAGCGUCGCCCAGGUGUUGUGAAAGCCAUUGGCAAGUUCGGCGCAUCGCUUACCAUGGACACCCUACGACUGCCUGUUGAUUUGUUGUACAACAUCACGAAUGGUUUCCACAAUUUGCCUUGUUACUUCGACGACACGGUUCGGAUACGCGGAGAGAUUACUGGUUUCCAAUCAGGUCUGCGAGUCGGCGGUCAAGAACUCUGCUUCGGCUUUUACGACGCUGUCACUGGUCUCGUCACUCAGCCGAUUCGCGGCUACAAGAAAGCCAAUGGACAUGGCGCUGGCGCCGAAACUCUUGGAGUGGUCAAAGGUCUGGGAAUCGGUCUGGGUUCGUUGGUGUGCAAGAGUUCCGCUGCGGCGCUCGGCAUCCCUGGCUAUGGACUCAAAGGCCUAGAGAGAUGCUUACGCACCGGUUGCAAGGACACCAGUCGGGCAGAUAAAGCCGAGCCUAUCCUCUUGCCUUUCCUGAAACAGAAUAAGGAUGAGCGCGAACAGUCGGAUCAUAAACAAGCUAGGGAAGCCAUACUGGACUUGAUCAUGGAGGCUAAGGGGAAUGAUCUGGAUAAGCAAAUUCGUGCCAGAAGGGGGUGGCAGGGUUUUGCUGAAUUGCAGCAGUUGAGAGAGGAUCCAGAGAAAGCUGCGGCGAAAGAGCAGGAGAUCAUUGAGUCGUGGAAGAGAUUGACUUUGGCCGCCAGAUAA